AUGCUUUGCAAUGGCCUACCAUUGGGCCCAGAGUGGAGGAAUGAAUUGAAAGCUUUUUGGACUAUGUACAGGCUGGUGAAUCCACACCAUGAAGCUUUUGCUUCACCUCAGAGGUUGGAGUGGACACUGCCGUUUCUUUAUCAUGGAGAUGAAGGAAGGGGCCGUCUACGCAGAGCUGUGCUUGUUUGCAGCUACCAGCCACUUCUGUCCUCAAAAGGGCACAGCUUCAAGAGCAGACUAUUAGCUUCCGUGUUUCCAGGCGAACGAUAUGCAUGCCUUGAAGGUGAGGAAACUCUGGAGACAUUGCAUACUGUUAUUGCGGACGACCUCAGGGAUCUCUUCUACAAUGGACUUGAGGUGCAGUUGCCUGAUGGAACAUCAAAGCAGAUCUAUGUGGCAUUCUGUGGUGUAAAGGGAGACUGGCCUUGGCAAAGCAGCUGUGUUGCAUUUCAAUGCAUUACUGAUUCACGAACAAACCAUAUUAAUCACAUGGAUGUGUAA